UCUUGCAUGAGUCAUAGGUAUCUAGAGGAAUAUGUAUACGUUUUCGAUUUCAAGUCUACAUGAUGUGUGAAUUUGGCUAAGGAAUUGUCCAAUAUUGACUUGGGUGCGUGUACCAAGUCAAUAAUGCAUUAUUGAUAAAUACUAGUUCUGGGAACGAGCCCUGCUACUAUAAGUAGCAGUUUGUAGCUAGUUAGAUAUAUGCAAUGGAGUACCAACAAUUGCUAAUAGCUUUCUGCUUCUAUUCACUUUUUGUCCAACAAUCUCAGUUUGCAUAUGCUGGGAAACAUCUCUGUCCUCGCGAUCAAGCUUUUUAUUUGCUUCAAUUUAAGCAAGGACUCACCGUUGAUCCAAAUGCUUAUGACUGUGAAAACAAGGCCCGAAGCAAGACUUUGUCCUGGAAUGUUACAGGAGAUUGUUGUGAAUGGGAUGGUGUCACUUGCAAUGGAUUGACGGGUCAUGUCAUAGGCCUCGACCUUUCUUGCAGCUUUCUUAUUGGAACCAUCAAUGCUAACAAUAGCCUCACAAAACUUGGUCAUCUCCAAAGACUCAACCUUGCCUCCAAUGAGUUCAAUGACUUUCCACUUGGAAAUAGUAUUAGUGAACUCAGUAGCUUGACGCAUCUCAAUCUUUCGGAUUCUGGAAUAUUUAACGAAAGGAAGAUGAUUCCACCAGGGUUAUGCAAGUUGUCUAAGUUGAUUUCACUUGAUCUCUCCGGAAGUUACAUACAAGUUGGCCGAACAACCUUCACAAGUUUGCUGCAAAACUUAACCAACUUAGAGGUACUGUUGUUUGACUAUGUGUAUGCAUCAUUUGAGUUACCUAAGAAGUUCCCUUCUUCCCUUAGGAAGUUAAGUCUUCAAGGCACCAACGUGUUUGGGAACAUAACUGAUUCUCAGCUUUUUCAUCUACCAAACUUGCAAGUGCUGAGAUUGGGAGAUAAUCCGUCGUUAACAGGCACUCUGCCAAAUUUCCACUGGAAUUUCAGUAAAAGUGUUUUAGAGUUGGACUUCUCUUAUACCGGUAUUUUUGGCAAGGUACCUGAUUCUAUUGGUAUUCUCCAGUCUCUUUGGCGUUUGAACCUCUUUAAUUGCCAUUUAUCUGGCUCGAUUCCAGAAUCCUUUGGCAACCUCACUACAAUCAGAGAGUUGAUACUUUCAGGUAACAACUUCACUGGUAAUAUUCUCUCAACUAUCUCAAAAUUAAACAAACUCGUUAAUUUACAUCUCUCUUCCAACCAUUUUCGAGGCUCCAUUCCAGAAUCCAUUGGCAACCUCACUGCAAUUAGAGAGUUGAUACUUUCAGAUAACAGCUUCACUGGAAAUGUUCCCUCAAGUAUCGGAAAGCUGAAUAAACUUGACUCCUUAUCUCUCUCUUCCAAUAAUUUUGAAGGCUCGAUUCCAGACACCUUUGCCAACUUUUCAGAGCUGUAUAGUUUAGAUUUUCACAGUAACAAUUUCGUUGGCCCAUUCCCUUAUUCAAUUGCAACCUUGACACACCUUGAUGGUUUAGAGCUGCAAAACAAUUCACUAACUGGUCCACUUCCCUCUAAUAUAAGCGGAUUUCAAAACCUGUUUAAUCUUGAUCUGUCCUUCAAUCAUUUGACUGGCGCAACACCCCCUUGGUUAUUCCAAUUACCAUCCUUGAUGUCUUUAAGUGUUCAAGCAAAUAAAUGUACUGGGGAAUUGCCAAAUGAGCUCAACAGGAGUACCUCGGUACCAUUUAUUGAUAUUUCGUACAACAAUCUGCAUGGAGAAAUACCUUAUUGGAUGUUGUCUAUGGUGAUGAAUAGUCUGGAUCUCUCUCAUAACUUCCUCACAGGCUUUGAAAAACAAGUGUGGCACUCAGAGUACUUGUCCUACCUUAAUUUGGAGAACAAUUUUCUUCAAGGGCCUCUGCAUCAAUCCAUUUGUGACUUGAUUAACCUUGAAUUCCUCAUUUUGGCUCAGAACAAUUUCAAUGGUUCAAUUCCAGACUGUUUGGGUAACUCCAAUAGGCUCAUUUCUAUUUUAGACUUGCGAAUGAAUAAUUUUCAUGGAGAGAUACCAACAUUCUUACCUAGAGGGUUAGAGUAUCUUGGUUUAUAUGGCAAUCAAUUGAGGGGACAAGUCCCGCGAUCCUUGGUUAACCGUACAAGCUUGGUAGCUCUUGAUUUGGGGAACAACAAGCUCAAUGACACGUUCCCAAUAUGGCUCGAGAAACUUCCAAACCUACAAGUUUUGAUUCUGAAAUCAAAUCUCUUUCACGGUCCAAUUGGUGAUUUGGAGUCUGAAUUUCCAUUUCCUGAGUUACGAAUCUUUGACCUUUCCUUCAAUGGGUUCACUGGAACUUUGUCAUCUAAUCUUUUCAAAAGCUUUAGAGGUAUGAUGGAUGCGGAUGAAGGAAAAUCAGGAAUUAGUCGAGCUAGGAAUAGGACACGCAGAGAUUACCUUUACCAUGUUAGUUUAGUGAUAAAAGGCAAUGAGUUUGAUAUGAGAAUCACAUCAAUUAUGACGAGUGUUGAUUUAUCAAGCAACAGGUUUGAAGGAGAUAUUCCAAAUUCCAUUGGAAAUCUGAGCUCACUUGUGUUACUCAACCUGUCUCACAACAGCUUCCGUGGUCAUAUUCCUGCAGAAUUUACAAAGUUGCAGCAGCUCGAAGCAUUAGAUCUCUCAUGGAACAGACUCAUAGGAGAAAUUCCAGGUCAAUUGUCGAGUUUGACAUUUCUUGAGGUCUUAAACCUUUCCUACAAUCAUCUGGCUGGGCGCAUUCCUAUUGGGAAACAGUUCAAUACAUUUCCAAAUGAUUCGUAUUGUGGAAAUCCUGAUUUAUGUGGAUUUCCACUGUCAAAGGAGUGUGGGAACAAAAAUGAGUCACCACUUGAACACGAUGAUGAUGAUGAUGAUUCAUAUUUUAUGAGCGGGUUUACAUGGGAAGCAGUUGCAAUAGGUUAUGGUUGUGGUAUGAUAGUUGGAUUGUUGAUUGGUGGACUUAUGUUUCUAUUGGAAAAACCAAAAUGGUAUGUGAAUUUUGCUGAAGAUAUUGCUCAGCAAAUUGCCGCUAAGAAGCGAACAAGGCAAAAGAAGAGACGUCAAAGACAUGGUGUAAGAAUGAGUUAGCAAAUAAACCAGAAAGGUUGAUGGAGAGUUGGACAAGUUUAUCAAUGGAUGCAUCUGUUUCUUCACUUUAUGUCAAAUACAUAUUAAGUUACAGUUGAUUUCUAUAGUUUUAUGUGAAAUAGUAAAUUAGCUUUACACACAUCAACCUCUUUACUCUGUUUGGAUA